AUGGUUUUUUCCCUCUUUUUUAAAAAAACGAAAACCAAAAAAAAAGCAAGAAUCAAGAUGCCUUGAGACACACGCAGCAUCUGGCGGAGGAUUAACAUACAUACAUGUGUAUGUAUGCGUCACGUAUAUAUUUACUGCAAAUGGUGGGGAUCAUUUAGUGCCCGAGAUGGGAGACCUGAAGUCAGGUUUUGAAGAGGUGGAUGGCGUGAGGCUCGGCUACCUCAUCAUUAAAGGAAAGCAAAUGUUUGCCCUCUCCCAAGUCUUCACGGAUCUGCUGAAAAACAUCCCGAGGACGACCGUGCACAAGCGCAUGGAUCAUCUGAAAGUGAAAAAGCACCACUGCGAUCUGGAGGAGUUGCGGAAACUCAAGGCAAUCAACAGCAUCGCCUUCCACGCCGCCAAGUGCACGCUCAUCUCCCGGGAAGACGUGGAAGCGCUCUACACCUCUUGCAAAACCGAACGCGUCCUCAAGACCAAGCGCAGGAGGGUCGGCCGGGCCCUGGCCACAAAGGCGCCGCCGCCAGAGCGCGCCGCCGCGGCCAGCCCCCGCCCGGGAUUUUGGAAGGACAAGCACCAACUUUGGCGGGGCCUGAGCGGAGCCGCGCGGCCCCUGCCAAUCAGCGCACAGUCCCAGCGCCCGGGCGCCGCCGCCACCGCGCGCCCCGCCGCUCAUCUACCUCAGAUUUUUAGCAAAUACCCGGGCUCGCACUACCCGGAGAGCGUGCGUUCGCCCUGCAAACCCCCUCUAAACUAUGAAACUGCCCCGCUCCAGGGAAACUACGUCGCUUUCCACUCGGACCCCGCUUAUUUUCGGAGCCUGCUGUGCAGCAAGCACCCGGCCCAGCAGCCGCCGCCGAGUCACCACCCCCCUCACCACCACCGACCGCAGCCCCAUCUGGGCAGCUUUCCCGAGAGCUGUAGCAGCGACUCCGAGUCCAGCUCCUACUCGGACCAUGCCGCCAACGACUCGGAUUUUGGCUCCAGUUUGUCCAGCUCCAGCAACUCUGUGUCCUCGGAGGAAGAGGAGGAGGAGGGAGAGGAGGAGGAGGAGGAAGAGGAGGAGGAAGAGGAGGAGGGGGGCAGCGGGGCCUCGGAUUCCAGUGAAGUCAGCUCGGAGGAGGAGGACUCGUCCACGGAGUCGGACUCCAGCUCCGGCUCCAGCCAAGUGUCAGUGCAGAGCAUCCGUUUCAGGCGCACCAGCUUCUGCAAACCUCCCAACGUGCAGGCGCAGGCCAACUUCUUGUACCAUCUGGCCUCCGCCGCCGCUGCAACCAAACCCGCUGCUUUCGAGGAUGCCGGCAGACUUCCCGACCUCAAGAACAGUGUCAAAGCGGAGUCGCCGGAGGAGUGGAAUCUGCAGAGCUGGGCCCCCAAAGCGUCUCCGGUGUACUGCCCGGCCAGCCUGGGGAGUUGUUUCACAGAGAUAAGGAACGAUAGGGUAUCGGAGAUUACAUUCCCACACUCUGAAAUUUCCAGUACUGUAAAGAGAACUGACCUGACAAUUAACUGCCUGGCAGAGGGGGCCUCUUCACCUAGCCCAAAGACAAACAAUGCAUUUCCACAACAAAGAAUACUCCGAGAUGCUAGGAAAUGCCUACAAGCAACUCCUACUACACACUGUGCAGAUAACAACACAAUAGCUGCUAGGUUCUUAAAUAAUGAUUCUUCAGGAGCUGCAGCAAAUUCAGAAAAUGAUUCCAAAAUCCUUCAUUGUCCUGAAUUUGCUACGGAUUUGCCCUCUUUGCAAACUGAUCCUGAAGUGGAUGCAGCAGCACCAGCAACUAAAGCCGAGAAUCCCUACACUGACCCAGGCGACAAGACAUUGUCAUUCCUGCACAAUAUUAAAAUCAAAGUAGAAGACAGUAGUGCUAAUGAAGAAUAUGAACCUGACCUUAUUACAAAUAAGCUAAAGUGCGAGUGCAAUGAUACAAAGGGUGAGUUUUACAGUGUGACUGAAAGUAAAGAGGAGGACGCCUUGUUAACCACAGCCAGGGAAGGUUUUGCAUGCCCUGAAAAAGAAACUCCUUCCUUAAAUCCACUGGCUCAGAGUCAGGGCCUUUCAUGCACUUUAGGUUCUCCAAAACCUGAGGAUGGGGAAUAUAAAUUUGGCGCCAGGGUGAGAAAAAAUUAUCGGACACUAGUACUGGGAAAACGACCUGUCCUUCAGACACCUCCAGUCAAACCAAAUUUGAAAUCAGCUAGAAGCCCUCGUCCUACAGGUAAAACUGAGACCCAUGAAGGAACACUGGAUGAUUUUACAGUUAUAAACAGACGCAAAAAGGUAGCCAGCAAUGUAGCAUCAGCAGUGAAAAGGCCAUUUAAUUUCAUGGCAAAUUUUCCUUGUCCACCAUCACUCAUUAUUGGGAAAGAUGGGGAUUUGUGGCCAGCGUAUUCCUUAAACACCACUAAGGAUUUUCAACCUCCUCACAAGGCCCAUCCUAUAUGGAAAUGGCAGCUGGGCGGUUCUGCAAUACCUCUUCCACCUAGUCACAAAUUCAGGAAAUUUAAUUCAUAA